AUGAUUGAUGCCACAAACUGGACAAAAUGGCCAGGAAUUGCAGCAGGCUCUCGCACGGAUGAAUUCACGCCAAUCUCAGGAACUUCAGGUCUGUUGGGGAGUGGUGUUGAUCAGCUAUCAGUGGUUGUGGAUGGCAGUUGGAAUGCUGGCAGAAAACGCAUGGGAGCCAGCGCUGUGUUACGCGACCAUCUUGGUAAUUGGAUUUCUGGAACAUCCACGAGCUAUGGUCAUGGUAAUGCCUUCUUGGCUGAAAUUUUGGCGGUUGAAAUUGGUUUGAACCAUGCCUGGGAGUUGGGUUUCAGAUCAGUAUUAUGUUUCUCAGAUUGUAAACAGGUUGUGGAAGUGUUUGGCACUGCAGCUGACGUCUCAACCUUCUGGGCGCGAGACACCAUCACACGAAUCCGGGCAUUAGUGUCGCGGGAAUGGAAAGUUGAAUUUUGUUAUGUCCCAAGGGAGAGGAAUAAUGCGGCUGAUUCCUUAGCUCGUGAAGCCUCAAGAGAAGGGACUCAGCGUAGAGUUUGGUCUACUCCGCCAUCUAGUAUUAUUGCGUCAUUAUAUUUAGACGCUAAUCCGUAG